AUGAGUAACAUCUAUGGUCCUGGCGGUACCCUCCCUCCUAUUCCAGAUGAUCUGACAAUAGCACAGUUUAUUCUUGAUGCCGCGCAUGUCUCCAGGCCACAGGUAGUAACAUCAUGUCUGAUCGAUGACUCCACUGGACGCAAGACCAAGAUGGACGAGGUAUGCGUCCGGAUACGUACACGAGCACUUGCCCAAUCUCUCCAGACCCAUUGGGAUAUUGUGAAUGUACUCGAGAUUUUGUUCCUUGAAUGUUGUCUCGCAGACUACCCCGUUGCUGUUUGGGCUGUCCAUUUACUAGGUGGAAUUGUGACAGCUGCAAAUCCGGCUUAUACAACGGGUGAACUGGAACAUCAACUUGUGACUACUGAGGCAAAGCUCAUGAUUGUUCAUCCGGCGAGCUAUGCUGUGGCGCUUAGGGCUGCUAGCACUGCAGGUCUACCGAUGGAGAGGAUUAUUUUGAUAGAUAGUUUGAAAGAUGCGAAUUCUCGACCUCAUCAUAUCGUCCAGGAGUUGAUCACAGAAGGCUAUCAGCACCAUUCCAUUCUUGUUGAGAGCCGCUUCCGUCCGGGGGAAGGCAGAACGAGGCUGGCUUUUCUGAGUUUCUCGAGCGGGACAACAGGCAAAGCGAAGGCCGUGUGUAUCCCACAUUACGCCACAAUUGCAGCUGUGAUUCAACUCGCACAUCUAGUCAACUCACAACCUCGAUCGUCUGACGAGAGAAAAAUUCGUCCAGGCGAUGUGUGGCUAGCACACAUUUAUGGUUUGGUUGUCAUGAUGCAUUUCGCAUUCUUCUAUGGAGGCGCCUUGAUUGUCGUUCCGAGGUUCAAUUUCGUAGAGAUGCUAAAGAGUAUUGAGCGUUACCGAGUCAACGUCCUUCCAGUGGUACCUCCGCAAGUCGUUCUGCUCUGCAAGCAUUCUGAUGUCAAGAAUUACGACUUACGAUCCAUUCGAUUGCUAAUAAGCGGAGCCGCGCCGUUGUCUGCGGAACUCAUAACCCAGCUGUCCCAGAUACUUCCAUCUGCAAGUAUAGGACAAGGCUAUGGUAUGACGGAGGUGGUUGGCUCAAUAGCCUUCCCGCAGAUGGAGCAGAAAAUCGGGACACCCGGCAGUGCAGGCCGUCUUGUCCCAGGCAUGAUUGCCCGUGUAGUGCGCCCCGACGGAACUAUUGCCAAGAUAGGUGAACCUGGGCAUCUUCUGAUCAGUGGGCCCGCCACGGCAUUGGGGUACCUGAAGAAUGAGGAAGCCACCAAGGAGACAUUCGUAGAUGGAUGGGUGCACACAGGUGAUGAAGUUAUUAUCAACGAACAAUCGGAGAUCUUCAUUCUGGACCGUAUCAAGGAACUGCUGAAGGUGAAGGGGUAUCAGGUCGCGCCGGCAGAACUGGAGGGUCAUCUGUUGGACCAUCCAGACGUCGCCGAUAUCUGCGUCGUAGGCUUGCAGGACGAUUAUAGCGGCGAGCUUCCCCUCGCCUUCGUCGUCCCUAGCACAAAGGCCACUGAACGAAUCAAGCGGGACCCUGCCGAGGCGGAAAGAGUCCGGGCAAUUCUGAUGAAGCAUGUCGCCGAUGCGAAGGUCCAUUACAAGCGUCUGGCAGGCGGCGUCGAGUUUGUUGAAUCCAUCCCGAAGAACCCGAGUGGCAAACUCUUACGUCGUGUGUUACGAGAGCGUGCAAGGGAGAUGCAGAAGCAGGGCAAGCUGUCGAGUAAGCCCAGAGCGAAGCUUUAG